CAAAGGUUUACUUCGUGCAUAUAUCACUCAUACACCUCUAUAUAUAUCUUUUGAGUAUCUCAAAGAAUAAUCACAUUUAUCCUUAAAUCUCUUUUCUGUGUUUGUCUAGUCCACUCUAGUAGAAAAUGGGAGGCAGUAAGAAGCUUGUUGUCUCUAAAACUUCAUCUUCUCGUACUACUGUCAGCGCAAAUCCAAACAACAACAAAUCUAUUGCCAUUGAAUCACCGAUUGUGUCUUCUUACAAUGACCAGAUCAGGCCGUUGCUUGACACAGUGGAUCGGCUGAGGAACCUGAAUGUGAUGAAAGAAGGGAUCCAGCUUCCCACCAUUGUCGUAGUUGGAGACCAGUCCUCUGGAAAGUCCAGUGUUCUUGAGUCGUUGGAAGGAAUCAGUUUGCCUCGUGGGCAAGGAAUCUGCACUAGGAUCUGGCUGGAGUAUAGUGACAAAGUUGUUCCAACGAAUGAAGAACACAUUGCUGAAGCUAUUUGUGCUGCAACUGACGUGAUCGCUGGAUCUAGUAAAGGGGUCUCGGAUGCUCCCUUGACUCUCCACGUGAAGAAAGAUGGGGCUCCUGAUUUGACCAUGGUUGAUCUUCCUGGGAUAACUAGAGUUCCCGUGAAAGGACAGCCAGAGAAUAUCUAUGAGCAGAUCUCUGGGAUGAUAAUGAAGUACAUCAAGCCUCAAGAGUCCAUCAUCCUCAACGUUCUGUCAGCCACGGUCGACUUCACCACAUGUGAAUCCAUUCGAAUGUCCAGACAAGUUGACAAAACCGGCGAACGGACUCUGGCUGUUGUCACAAAUGCAGACAUGGCUCCUGAAGGUCUCCUUCAGAAAGUAACAGCAGACGAUGUGAGUAUUGGACUAGGUUACGUUUGUGUCAGGAACCGUGUAGGGGAAGAAACAUAUGAAGAAGCUAGAGAGCAAGAAGAGUUACUUUUCAAGACUCAUCCAUCGCUCUCCAUGAUUGAUGAAAACAUUGUCGGUCUCCCUGUUCUAGCUCAGAAGCUAAUACAAAUUCAAACAACCAUGAUUUCACGCUGCUUGCCUGAGAUUGUACGCAAGAUCAACCACAAGAUGGAAACCGCUGACCUCGAGCUAAAAAAACUGCCAAUGGAAAUGACUUCCAGUGGUGAUGCACUGAUGACACUGAUGGAUAUCAUCGCUUCUGCGAAAGAGUCUCUCCUAAGAAUCCUUAUCCAAGGAGAUUUCUCUGAGUUCCCUGAUAAUCAUAGCAUGCAUGGUACUGCUCGCCUGGCUGAUAUGUUAAGCAAGUUCUCAGAUGAUCUACAAGCAAAGCCUAAGCAAGUUAGAGAGUUCUUGAUCGAUGAGAUCAAAGUUCUUGAAGAAUGCAAAUGUGUUGGGCUUCCCAAUUUCACUCCGAGAUCAGCGUUCAUGGCUAUACUUUCACAACAUGUGGAUGACAUACAUGCAAAGCCGGUUGAGUUCAUCAAGAACAUAUGGGACUACAUCGAAGUUGUUCUCUCAUCAGUCAUCACCAAAUACUCUGAAAACAUUCCUCGAGUUCAACCUUCCAUCAAACGAGCUGGUCGAAAUCUCAUGAGCAAGAUCAAGGAACAAUCAGUGGAUAGAGUGAUUCAGAUCGUUGAGAUGGAAAAGCUUACGGACUACACAUGUAGCCCUGAGUACAUGAAGUCCUGGACGGAGAAGAUAGAUGCUCAGAAGAGUUUCGUCGAUGCGGUUUUGAACGACAAGACAAAACCUGAGAGCUUCUCUAUAAAUGGGUUCGGGAGUGUGAAGAUAUCGCAUCUGCGAGAGUAUCAUGCUCAUUUGCUGCAACAGGCGUUUGAUAUGAAGAUGAGGAUCACAUCCUACUGGAAGAUUGUGCUUCGUAGGAUUGUGGACAACCUUGCGCUCUACCUUCAGCUAUCUGUGAAGUAUUUCGUCAACACUCAGUUUCAGAAGGAGAUCGUGGCGGAGAUGGUGGAUCCUAAAGGCGGGGGAGGAGUAGAGAGGAUGUUAGAGGAGUCUCCGUCGGUGGCAAGCAAGAGGGAGAAGCUGGAGAAGAGUAUUAAGGUUCUGAAGGAGUCCAAGGAUGCUGUGGCUGCCACUGUUGAUCAAUAGUGACAUCACUGAUUGAUUUUUCU